AUCUUGAAAGAGAAAAAACAAACUUACUUCAAGAAACGAAAGAAAACAGAGACAACAAAAACAAAACAAUCGAAGAAAAAACAUGUGAUUCUUUGCAUAAUAAUUUAGACGUGACCAAAACAACAAAUACACGUAUCAUGUCAACCAAUGAACCUCAUAUGGAAACUCCUACAAAUGCUCCGAAUGAAACUUCAAAAGAUAAAACUAUAGAAGAUCAAAAAGAAGCCUCGACAGCUAGUAGAAACAAUGAUAAUAUGACUGUUGAAACAGAGGAAGUAGAGCCUAUAACUUCAACUUCUAUGAAUACAAAUGUAGAAAAAACUCUAGAAACUCGAGAGGCAACUUCUGCAGAAAAUAAUAACCAAGAACUACAACAAGAUAAAACCUCACCUAUGAUUAUUAUUAAUAACAAUAAUCAUGAGCUUCAAGAACUUGAUCGCACUGAAGGAGAAUACAUA